CACCUGACUCGGCUCAAACAUGGCUGCGCUGGAAGCUGUAUUGCUUUGGGGGCCGGGAGCAGUAGGUACUCCACGGAUGAGAAGACUGACAAUGUGUUUUGCGUAAUUCAUCUCUUUCUAUCUCCCUGCACUCUGUGCUGGGAAAAUGCGUCACCCAUUUGGAAACGAGGAAACUGCUUCCCAGAAACAGCUUUUUGGAUUUUUCUGUGAGUGCCUGCGGAGAGGAGAAUGGGAGCUGGCACAGGCAUGUGUACCUCAGCUACACGAGGCAGAAGGGGAUAUCCCAAUGAAGGUGGAAAAUAUACUUCAGGCGCUGGUCAUAUGUCCAAAUCAGCUGAGAUGUGGACAGGACAUCAACCCUCCAAGAUUAGCCUGGGUCUGGCUUCUUGUACUGGAAAAAUGGUUGGCCCUGGAAAAGAAGUUACUCCCAACUGUUUUCCGGAGAAAGCUUGAGUUUCUUUUAUUAUCAGAAGACCUCCCAGGUGACAUUCCAGAGGACAUCCUCAAGGAGCUGUAUGUGAUCUUAGCACAAGACACCAUAGACCCUGUGCUUGAUGGAAAUCGGAGGCGGGAGAGCUGGGCCCCUUGUCUCAGCUCAGAAGCUGUCUCUUUGCUCUGGGACCUCCUGAGGCGGGCUCCCCAGCCGGCGCACGCCUUGCUGGAGCUCCUGCUUAGGGAGGACAAUGGCACUGGACUCAGUGGUGGGCCUCUGCAAAAGGUGCUGGUGGACCUCAUUCGAAAGGCACUGCAAGCUUUGCGGGGCCCUGCCGCUGGGCCCCCAGGGGUGGUCGAUGCCAUCUAUGGAGCCCUGCGGACUCUGCAUUGCCCUGCAGAGCCACUCGGGGUUGAGCUGCGUGUCCUGUGUGAGGAGCUGCUAGAGGCCUGCAGGACAGAGGGGAGUCCCCUGCAGGAGGAGUGGCUGCUCGGCUGCCUGCUGCAUGAGGCCGGGCGGGGCCUGGUGUCCCUGUAUGGCCAUGUCUAUGUGGAGAAGGCCACAGAAAAGCCACCUAGAGCCACAGCCUCGGGAAAAGUCUCACCAGAUCAUCCAGAUCCUGAGCGGGCAAUGCUAGCCCUGUUCUCCAACCCUGACCCAGCCCAGGCUUGGAAAUUGGCCUAUUUCUAUUGCCUGAGCAACAGCAAGCACUUCCUCGAGCAGAUCCUGGUGACGGCGCUCACGCUGUUGAAGGAGGAAGACUUCCCAAGUCUUGGCUGCCUGCUGGAUAGAGAAUUCAGGCCUCUCAGUCGACUGCUUGUGCUUCUGGGCUGGACACACUGCCAGAGCCUAGCAUCAGCCCAGAGGCUGCUCCAGACACUCCACAGAACUCAGGACCAAGGCUGUGAUAAGCUCCUCAGGGAUGCCUGUGAUGGGCUGUGGGCUCACCUGGAGGUCCUGGAGUGGUGUGUACAACAGAGCAGCAACCCCAUACCAAAGAGAGAUCUCUUGUGUCAUUUACAUGGUGGAGACAGCCACUCAGUGCUCUACUCUCUCCAUCACCUUACAAACCUUCCAGCCCUCAGGGAGGAAGUUGUUCUUGAGCUCCUACAGAAGGUGCCAGCCAAGGACCAGAAAAAGCAUGAUUCAGCUGAUGCCCUGGUCCCUGCGCACCUGAGCCAGUGUCAGAACCUGACACUCUACCGGAGCUUCUGUGCCAUGAAGUAUGCCAUCUAUGCCCUCUGUGUGAACUCACACCAGCAUUCUCAGUGCCGGGAAUGCAGAGACGGUCCCUCUGAGGAUGUGGCCUCGGCUUCAGAGCCAGGGGGUGAUUCUCGCUCCUCCCCAGGUGCUUCCAAUCUCUUCUCAACAUACCUGGCCAGAUGUCAACAGUAUCUGUGUAGUAUUCCUGACUCUCUGCGCCUGGAACUUCUAGAAAACAUCUUCUCAUUGCUCCUCAUCACCGCUGCCGAUCUUCACCCAGAGCCUCACCUACCCGAGGACUAUGCUGAGGAGGAUGACGUUGAGGGGAAGGGCCCAGUGGGUUUGAGGUCCCCAUCUGAGAGCCCUCAGCACAUAGCACAGCCUGAGACGAAGUCAGAACUGGGACCCCUGGGGGCCCCAAGGAGCCUGGACUGCACGAUCCCCAGCUGUGUGAAGGCAGAGCUAAAAGACGGUUCCCCAGGGCCUCAUGGGCACAGCUUUUUGGACCUUCAGCACUUUACUAGCGGUAUCAGCGGGUUCCUGGCUGACGAGUUUGCAAUAGGGGCCUUCCUCAGGCUUCUCCAGGAGCAGCUGGAUGAGCUCAGCAGCCACGGGCCUCCUGACAAGCCAAAGCUGCUUGAAGGCCAGAGCGGCUCGGGCAGCAGAGACGGACUGCAGAGCCGCCUGCACCAGUUCUCCAAGGUUCUCUCUGAGGCCCAGUGGAGGUACAAGGUGGUGACCAGCAAUCAGGGCUCAGAGGAGCAGCCCUCCCGAAGAUACUGGCACAUUGCCACACGGCACCCCAGUCUCCGCCGGGGUCGUCGGACAAGAAGGAGCCGGACAGAUGGCCGGGACAGAGGUUCCAACCCAUCCUUGGAAAGUACAAGCAGUGAGCUGAGCACAAGUACUUCAGAGGGAAGUCUGGGCACUGUGUCUGGGAGGAAUGAGCUGGAUGGCCGGUUGCAGCCCCAGCCUCAAAGUUCCCUCAUCCCCAUGAUGUUCUCCCCACCCGAGUCACUGCUGGCGUCCUGCAUCCUCCAGGGGAACUUUGCAGAAGCCCAUCAGGUGGUGUUCAUGUUCAACCUGAAGUCCUCACCCAGCGCAGGGGAGCUGACGUUCAUGGAGCGCUACCAGGAGGUCAUCCAGGAACUGGCCCAAGUAGAACACAAAAUUGAAAACCAGAACUCGGACGGGGGCGGCAGCACCAUCCGAAGGACAGGCAGUGGCCGUUCAACGCUGCAGGCCAUUGGCAGCGCUGCAGCCGCAGGGAUGGUAUUUUACUCCAUCUCUGAUGUGACCGACAAACUGCUCAGCACCUCUGGAGACCCCAUCCCCAUACUCCAGGAGGACUUUUGGAUAAGCAGUAGCCCAAUGGAGCCCACCACUCCCCUGAGAGAGGUUCUGGAAGACCUCAGUCCCCCUGCCAUGGCUGCGUUUGACCUAGCUUGCUCUCAGUGCCAGCUCUGGAAAACCGGCAAGCAGCUCUUAGAAACAGCUGAACGGCGACUGAACAGCAGCCUUGAGAGUCGGGGUCGCCGGCUUGACCACGGUUUCCUCAACGCUGAUGGCAUUCGAGGUUUCCCGGUGGUUCUUCAGCAGAUCAGUAAGAUUCUCAAUUACCCACUUAUGUCAGCCGGACAAAUUAAAUCAGAGAGUGCAGAGGAGAAAGGAGGAGGUUCCCCACGGAGCAGCAUUGCUGAGCUGCUUCAGACGUGCUGGCCCAGCCUCUCUGAGGACUGUGUUGCCAGCCACACCACGCUCUCCCAGCAGCUGGAGCAGAUCCUUCAGUCUCUGAGAGAAGCACUGGAGCUGCCAGAGCCCAGGAGUACUCCACUGUCCUCCCUGGUGGAGCAGGCGGCCCAGAAGGCCCUGGAGGCAGAGGCCCACCCCGUGAAUAUCCAGACUCAGCUCCUCCGGAAGAACCUGAGCAGGCAGAACCCAGCAGGCAGCAGGCAGACUGACUACCUGGGUGCCUUCUCCAGGUACUGCAGCGCCCUGGCUGCUGUUCUCCUUCGGAGCUUGAGCUCUGAGCCUGAACACGUGGAGGCCAAAGUAGGAAACCCCUUUGUUCUCCUGCAACAGAGCUCUUCCCAGCUGGUGUCACACCUCCUGCUUGAGCGACAGGUUCCCCCAGACAGGCUUGCAGCCCUUCUGGCCCAGGACGGUCUCAGCUUGAGUGUGCCACAGGUCAUUGUCAACUGCUGCUGCGAGCCCCUUGCCCUCUGCUCUUCCCGGCAAAGCCAGCAGACAACCUCCCUUCUGACCCACCUGGGUACCCUGGCCCAGCUGCACACCUCCCACCGCCUGGAGGACCUCCCACUUUCUACACUGAGCACGCCAAAGCCAACUGAGAAUCCCACAUUGGAGAAGAAGCCCCACUCGUCCCCAAAGGAUUCAUCACCCUCUGCCCUCACCUCCUCUGCCUUGGCCUUCCUUAAGUCCCGCUCAAAGCUGCUAGCUACUGUGGCCUGUCUGGGGGCCUCCCAGGGGUCAAAAGUCAGCAAGCCCAGCUUGUCAUGGAAGGAGCUUCGUGGCCGCAGAGAGGUACCUCUGACGGCAGAGCAGGUAGCCCGGGAGUGUGAGCGCCUCCUGGAGCAAUUCCCUAUGCUUGAGGCCUCCCUCCUGGCUGCCUGGGAGCCCCUACGAGGGUCCUCUGAGCAGGGACAGAGUCUGGCAGCGAGUCUCUGUGGCCAAGCCAGUCUGUCUACUGUCCUCCUGGGCCUGCAUUCUCCUGCUGCCCUGGAUGUGCUCACUGGGGCCUUCAAGGAAGCCCUGAUGGCCAGAGAUUGGCCCCGGGCCCUUCGGCUCACUGAAGUGUACGGGCGAGACAUGGAUGACUUGAGCAGCGUACAGGAUGCCGUCCUGAGCUGUGCUGCAGCGUGUGACAAAGAAGGUUGGCAGUACCUGUUUGCUGUGAAGGAUGCAUCUCUGAGAAGUCGGCUAACACUGCAGUUUGUGGACAGGUGGCCCCUGGAGUCAUGCCUGGAGAUCCUGGCCUACUGCAUUUCAGACACAGUGGUCCAAGAUGGUCUGAAGUGUGAGCUGCAGAGAAAGCUAGCGGAGCUGCGGGUAUAUCAGAAGAUUCUAGGUUUGCAGGCUACCCCAGUGUGGUGUGGCUGGCAGACCCUGAGGAACUCUUGUGUUGAGGACCCAUCAACUGUCAUGAACAUGAUUCUAGAAGCAAAGGAGUAUGAGCUGUGUGAGGAGUGGGGCUGCCUGUACCCCAUUCCAAGAGACCAUUUAGUCAACCUACAUCAAAGGCAUCUUCUCCACCUUCUAGAAAGAGGAGAUCAUGAAAAGGCUCUGCAACUGCUGCAAAGAAUUCCUGACCCCACCAUGUGCCUUGAGGUCACAGAGCAAUCCCUCGACCAGCACCCUAGCUUGGCCACUUCUCACUUCUUGGCCAACUACCUCACCACCCACUUCUAUGGAGAACUGACCGCUGACCGACACCGUGAAAUACAGGCACUGUACAUGGGGUCCAAGGUUCUGCUGACCCUGCCUGAGCAUCACCGGGUCAGCUACUCCCACUUGUCCUCUAACCCCCUGCUCAUGCUGGAGCAGCUGCUCAUGAACAUGAAAGUGGAUUGGGCCACGGUGGCGGUGCAGACCCUGCACCAGCUGCUGGCCGGGCAGGAGAUUGGCUUCACCAUGGACGAGGUGGACUCGCUGCUUUCCAGAUACGCGGGGAAAGCCCUGGACUUCCCAUACCCUCUGAGGGAGAAACGAUCAGAUUCUGUGACUCACCUCCAGGAAGCUGUCAGUCAGGCUUCAGACCUCGAGACCUUGUCUAGAUCACCAUCAGCCGAGUUCUCUUCUGCUGCUUCUCCUGGUGUCUCCAUUGUACAUUCCCCCAGUCCAAGGGAGAGGAGCUUCCCACAGAGUCAGCCGCUCCUGGAGUUUGUACCCCCAGCGACACCCCCUGCCAGACACCAGUGGGUACCAGAUGAGAGUGAGAGCAUCUGCAUGGUCUGCUGCAGGGAGCGCUUCACCAUGUUUAACAGGCGUCAUCACUGUCGCCGCUGUGGCCGGCUAGUGUGCAGCUCCUGCUCCACGGAGAAAAUGGUGGUGGAAGGCUGCAGAGAGAACCCUACUCGUGUGUGUGACCAGUGCUAUAGUUACUUCAACAAAGAUGUGCCAGAGGGGAAUCCAGAACAACCAGAAGCACCGGACAGCUCCAGGAGCGAGAGCCCUCCAUUCUCAGCCGUGGUAAGAGUCCCCAAGGCAGCGGAGGUGGAAUGGAUCUUGGAUCUGAAUGAGGAGGAAAAUGAGCUGGUGCGGAGUGAAUUCUACUAUGAGCAGGCCCCCAGCGCUUCCUUGUGCAUCGCCAUCCUCAGCCUGCACCAGGACAGCACUGCCUGUGGCCACCAGCUGAUCGAGCACUGCUGCAGGCUGUCCCAGGGGCUCACAAACCCAGAGGUGGAUGCUGGGCUGCUCACAGACAUCAUGAAGCAGCUGCUCUUCAGCGCCAAGAUGAUGUUCGUCAAGGCCGGCCGGAGCCAGGACCUGGCUCUUUGUGACAGCUACAUCAGCAAGGUAGAUGUGCUAAAUAUUUUAGUGGCUGCUGCCUAUCGCCACGUGCCAUCUCUGGAUCAGAUCUUGCAACCGGCUGCAGUAACCAGGCUAAGGAACCAGCUGUUGGAAGCUGAGUACUACCAACUGGGCGUUGAGGUCUCCACAAAGACUGGCCUUGAUACCACUGGGGCGUGGCACGCUUGGGGCAUGGCCUGCCUCAAAGCUGGGAACCUCACUGCAGCACGGGAGAAGUUCAAUCGCUGUCUAAAGCCGCCUUUUGACCUCAAUCAGCUGAGUCAUGGCUCAAGACUAGUACAGGAUGUGGUCGAGUACCUGGAGUCCACAGCGAGGCCACUCGUCUCCGUGCAAGACGAUGAUUACUUUGCCACCUUGAAAGAGCUAGAAGCCACCCUUCGGACCCAGAGCCUCUCCCUGGAGGUGAUUCCUGAAGGGAAGCUCAUGAACAACACCUACUACCAAGAAUGCCUCUUCUACCUGCAUAACUACAGCACCAACCUGGCCAUCGCCAGCUUCUACGUGAGGCACAGCUGCCUGCGGGAAGCCCUGCUGCACCUCCGCCACAAGGCGGGGAACAGCAGAGAAGAAAACGUUGUGAAAACUACGCCUGAAUGCCUGGAGCGUGGAAGGUGUGGUGCUUCUUGCCCUAGUCCCUGCUCUUUCGCCCCUUACCUACCACAGUGCCCCAGAGCGAGCUUUCUGAAACCUCGCACGUGUUAUUGAUGUUACAGUCCAUGUUCUUCCUCUCUCUAAAAGGCCUUCAGUGGAUCCCCGUGGCCACAAGAUGAAGUCCAAAUUCCUUACCACGAAUGCAGGACCCAGCAGGACCGGGCCCCCUUAUUUCUCCAGUUUAUUUUCACCACGAAUCCUGUCUGUGCUCUGUAUUUCUAGAUUUACCAAAUUACUUAAAUUUCCUGAUUGUACCAUGUACUUUCUUACCUCCAUGAGUCUGCAUUGCUGUUCUCACUACUUAGAAUGCCCUGCCCCUCCUUGUUUUCUUGGAAAAACUCCUGUUUAUCCUUCCAGACCCUCUCUGUUGAGCAUUCACCUCUUCCUAUAUACCACCACUGUACUUAGAACGUAGCUCUGUUAUUGCAUUUGUGCCAGUGGAUUGCAACUAUUUGUUUAUAAUUGUGUCUUCCCAUCUGGACUGCGAAGGCCUGUAUUUACCUUACCUGGUGUCUUCAGGCACCUGGCCUAGUGCCAGUUGUGAAUGAAUGAAUGAGGGGCUAGAUGAAUUGAUGAAGUGGAAGUUUUUAAGGUGUUGCUUUUCUGAGAAAUUCUGCCUUUUCAAUGCAGCUAAUCCCCCUGCUUCUUUUUUUUUAACAUUUUUUUUAUUGAGUAAUAGCCAUUUUACAAUGUUGUGCCCCUGCUUCUUAAAGUAUGUCCUACAACUUUUAGAUCUGGGGGGUUUUGUAGUUUUUCUUUUUUUUUUUUUUUUUUCUAUGGAGGUGCUGGGAAUUGAAUCCAGGACCUCACACAUGCUAAGCAUGUUGUCUACCACUGAGCUCUUCCCCACCCUCCUAGGUCUGGGUUUUUAGGAAAAGCCAGAAUUGGGAAAGAAGCCCUCACCCACUGUGGACGUUCUCAAAGCCCAGAUCCUCUCCACUUCUGCAGAGCUUGUGCCCAGGGCUGCAAGGCCGGCAUGGUUACAGUACCAUGAGUUUGUAGCCAUCCUUCACUCCCCGUCACUUACUCGUACUCGUGGCCAGAUGAUUUUCUUUUCUAUGACUUUGGAAUGGGGGUUUAAGACUUGGUUCCUGAACCACAGAUGAACUUCAGAAGUGAGGGAAUUAGUAUGUGUGUGCACUUUCCUAAGGAGUUAGUCCAUGAUGUUUAUCAUUUAUUUGUCAUCAAGAAAUAGUUGUUAAAAUAGUCAAGGACUGUUCUGGGCACUAGAGAUACAAAACAGUGGGGACAAAAAACAGGCAAAAAUAUCUGCUUUUAUAAAGCAUGUUAUAGCAGGGAGAGAGGCAAUAAACAAGAUAAGUAAAAUAUGUAGUGUAGGUGAUGAGUAAUAAGAAGAAUAAAGCAGGGGGAGAGGGAAGGGGCGGACUGUGGAAUUUGACAGGAUGCUCAGGAGAGAUGACAUCUGAGUAAAGACAUAGAGUAGGUGGGGAGUGAACCGUGCGGAUUGUGGAGGAAGCACAGUCCAGGCUGGGUGAGUAGCAAGGACAGAGGCCAAGUUGGCUUGAACAGAGUGAGCUGGGGAAAGGGUGGUAGCAGGUAAGGUCAGAAAGCUAGCAGGGACCAGAUCAUAAAGGGCCUUGUAGACAUUAUAAGGACUUGGGCUUUGUGCUGAGUGAGAAGCAAAACCAUGCGAUGAUUCUGAGCAGAGAAGUAACAUGAUCUGACUUAACAUUUUAAUGGAAUCACUCAGGUUGAUUGGUUGGUGUUAGACAAAAAAGAGGCAGGUGUGGAGGGUGGUGGACCAGGGAGGAGGCCAUUGCAGUCAUCCAGGCAAGUGGUGUAAUGACUUGGGCCAGGGUGGUACAUGGAGGUGGUGAGAGGUAGUCAGCUACAUACAGAUUCUGUAUGUAUUCUGAGGUGGAGUCAGUAAAAUUUGCUAAUGACUUUUCUGUCGGGCUGUGAGGGAAUGACGGCUAUAGUUUUUGCCCUGAACAAAUAGAAGAACAAAAUUGCCAUCCAAGAAAGAGAAGACUGCAGAAGGAGCAGAUUUGGAAGAAACAGUCAUCAGCAGUUUUAGAUUUUUUGCGAGAUCCCUAAGAGGACUUUCUGCAUCAGCAGCUGAAUAUAAGUUAGGUAUACAAUUCAGAAGGAAUGAACAGACUGGAAAUAGGGAUUUAGACAUAAUCAACGAAUAGAUAGAUUUAUGGCUAUGAGACUUACGAAAUCAAAAGUGUGAGUAAAGAAAAGAGAGCAGUUUCCUCCUAAGCCCUGGGGAGAGUAGGAGGAAUCAGCAAAGGAGACUGAGAAGGAGUAGCCAGAGAAGAAAGCAAGCCUAGUCGGGGUGAUGUCCUGGGAGCCAAAUAAAAAAUUUUUUUCAAGGAGGAGACCAUCAGCUGUAUCAAAAGCUAUUGAUAGAGCAGGUGGAAAACAAGGACUAAGAAUUUUAGAUUUAACAACGUAGAGGUCAUUUCACUGGAGUGGUAGGUGCAAAAGCUAGAUGAGAGUAGGUUCAAGAGACAGUCACAAGGAGGGACAGUAUAGCUCAGUGGUAGAGCAUGUGCCUACCAUGCACAAGGUCCUGGGUUCAAUCCCCAGUACCUCCAUUUAAAAAAUAAUAAAUAAAUAAAUAAACAAACAAACCUAAUUACCACAAAACAAAAAAAUAGAAAUAUUUUUUUACAAAGACAAUCAUAGGAGAGAUUGGAGACAGGUCACGUAAAUAACUCUGUCCAGGAGCUUCCCUUCUGUCAGGGAGGGAGAGAAGUGGAGCAGGCACCAGAGUGGGAUUCUCAAAGGGGUCUAAUCUGUGACACACAGAAGGUUAAGCAGCACUGCCACAGAAGGAUGCUGAAGGGAUGUGAGAGGAGGGAAACACAGAAUGGGUCCCUGACCAUGCCAGAACCAGGCUUAAGACUUGUGACUUUUUUUUCUGCCCUG